UGCUAGCGGAGCUGGGGCGUGGGCUGCUUCAGUCUUCAGCGCUGGAGCGGAGCACAUUGUUCGCGGGCUGAGACACUAAAGCUAGCGAUCAUCACCACCGAUUGAUUUCCGAGCAAAGGCGAUCCGGCUGUUUUUGUGCUGUUUUCAAAGGUUUGGAGCUUUUUCAGACAUAUUGAGAAAGGGUGGUUAUUUACGGUUAUUACACCUUCUGUACUGAAAUUUAAUCGGGACAUAGCUAGUCUGGAUCAAGUGGACCGAAUCUCCGUAGCAAAUUGGAGCGCUGCCUGUUAGCUGCAUUACUGUGAAGUCCCUCAGGGGUGAGCAGUUGAAGAGGAGCAGAGAGAAUGACUGAGUACAAGCUGGUGGUGGUGGGAGCUGGAGGUGUGGGCAAGAGUGCUCUCACCAUCCAACUCAUCCAGAACCACUUUGUGGAUGAAUACGACCCUACCAUAGAGGACUCGUACAGGAAGCAGGUGGUGAUUGAUGGGGAGACAUGUCUCCUGGACAUCCUGGACACAGCAGGUCAGGAGGAGUACAGCGCCAUGAGAGACCAGUACAUGAGGACAGGCGAGGGCUUCCUCUGUGUCUUCGCCAUCAAUAACACCAAGUCCUUCGAGGACAUUCAUCAGUACAGGGAACAGAUCAAACGGGUGAAGGACUCGGACGACGUGCCAAUGGUGCUUGUGGGUAAUAAAUGUGACCUCCCGGUUCGCACAGUGGACACGCGGCAGGCGCAGGAGCUGGCCCGCAGCUACGGUGUCCCCUACAUUGAGACCUCAGCCAAGACGAGACAAGGCGUGGAGGACGCGUUCUACACACUAGUACGAGAGAUCCGACAGCACAAGCUGAGGAAGCUCAAUCCACCCGACGAAAGCGGCCAAGACUGCAUGAGUUGUCGCUGCGUGGUGUCAUGAUAUAAGCCGACCACUCUUUGAGUUGAGACGUGGACCUAUGGCUCCAGCAGACAGAGUGGACCACAGAAGGAGGUACAGAGACUCAAAUCAUAACCGGAAAUUACAAACAGGAGCCAAAGCAAAGGUGCCGCGUUGACCGCACAGCGAACAUUCAGAGGAAAACUGGUGCCUUGCCCAAGACCAGAGCUGACCUCCUCUGGUUGUCCACAUCUGCCUGACAACACACCACUAAUGACUUGUUUCAGUUUGUCUGUUCUUUAACUCCAGUGUGAUAAUCCUGGGCAGCUCCUUCGAUGUCCUCUUAAUUUAUUGUACUCCUAAGUCUCAACACUGGCUUUUUAAUGGACGCCGGGGCUCUCACACUCCCAUCAUAAGGACUGGACACUAGUGACGUCAUCUCAGGCACCUCGCGCCACUCUGAUGCUGUUCACCGACAGCAAACGGGCCUGAAAAUGAGAGCGCCGAGAGAAGCUGCCGAGAGAAAGAAACUACAUGCCUCACCGGAGUUGCUUCUCUCCUCACAGUUAGCUACAUUUGUUUUGCUUAACAGGCCAUUGAUUUAGCACGAGACUCUCGUGACGAGAUUUGCGUUGAUAACCGUGGGGACUUGGCUCUACCGCUGCAUCAGAUACACUGCGAGUGUUGGUCCAUGUGUACCCGUUGUACCAGAGAAAUGUUGAACAGGCUGGCUGAUUUAUUUUUUAUUUUUGCCCAGUUACUGGACUUCAGUAAAAAUAGUUUUCAAGAUCUGCAUGUUUGGCUAAAACUUUGAUAGCACAGAUGGCGUGUAACAUGAGUGUGAUGUAAAAUCGACUGCAUAUAAGUACCAGAUAUUAUAAUACGGUUCUGGAUACAACAAUUCAAUAAGAUCUGACAUAACAUUCCAAAUAUUAUUUAAAAAAAGUAUCAAACCUUUUUUUUAACCUAUUUGAAAGGUCCCAUUUGUAAUGUUAAUUUUCAUGGAACAGUAUGAAAUGGUUUUAAAGUUAGUUUUGGUUCUUGCAGUUAGUUGUGCAUUGUCUGAAUAAGUAAAACAAAGGAAAUAAAUACCCCUAGUGAA